AUGCGUUUCGGCCAAACCCUCUCCAACUCCAUUUACCCACCGUGGAGGGACAAGUACCUCGAGUAUGACAAGAUAAAGAAACUACUGCGUGAGGACGAAGCCUCGCCUCAGGGCCGAGCUCGUACCGGCAGAGGGCAAAGCUGGACCGAGCAAGAUGAGGAGAACUUCGUCCACGAAUUGACAGAGGUACAACUGGAGAAGGUCAACCAGCACCAGGUCAACACCUUCAACUCCAUUCGCGACCGAGCCGCCGCUUGCGAGGCAAAGGUUCCUAGCUCGGACGAGGAAGAUGGAGGAAAGUCAGACGAAGAGUUGAAGACCGUGGCCAAGGACAUGUUGAAAGAGCUGGACGCUAUCUCGAAGGAGCUGAACGAACUUAGAAAGUUCAGCCGAAUAAACUAUACCGGUUUUCUGAAGGCGGCCAAAAAGCACGACAGAAAGAGAGGACUCAAGUAUCGCGUCCGGCCUCUCCUGCAGGUCCGCCUCGCUCAGACUCCGUUCAACUCGGAAGACUACUCUCCGUUACUGUACCGUCUCUCUGCGAUGUACUCCUGGGCCCGCCAGGUUUUGGGAGAGGAAGCAUCAGGCAACGAGGAAGACGCCGAUGUCCAACCCAGAGAUGUCUACACCGCCCACAAAUACUGGGUCCAUGCCGACAACAUCCUCGAGGUCAAGACGCAUAUUUUACGUCGCCUCCCUGUCCUUGUCUACAAUCCGCAGUCUUCCAAGGUGGUUGACUCGGCACAGAAUGACCCGACUCUCACGUCCAUCUACUUUGACAACCCGGCCUUUGAUCUGUACAAUAGCAAGGUUGGAGCUACGAGCGCUGGUGAUUCGUUGAGACUUCGAUGGACGGGACUUCUCAACGACAAGCCAGAGAUCAUCCUCGAGAAAAAGACUGUUGGCGAAGAUACAGAAAGCAGCGAUACUAGAGUUCCUAUCAAAGAGAAAUAUAUCACUCCGUUCUUGAAGGGUGAAUACAAGCUUGAAAAGCAGAUCAAAAAGUUUGAAGAAAGACUUGGGCCUGAUCACCAGGAGGUAGCAGAGUUCAAAGCCAACGUCGAGGAGAUUCAAUCCUUUAUCAAGGAGAAGAACCUCGAACCAGUCUUGCGAGCAAGUUAUACUCGUACAGCCUUCCAAAUUCCAGGUGACGACCGCAUCAGAAUUUCUCUGGACACGGAUCUAGUAUUCAUCCGUGAGGACGCCCUGGACGAGGAUCGACCAUGCCGCGACCCGGAGGAUUGGCAUAGAUCGGAUAUUGACAAGGAUGGCAUGGAGUACCCAUACUCUGCUAUCAAGAAGGGAGAAAUCGCUCGUUUCCCCCAUGCUGUCCUUGAGAUCAAGGUCAAAGACUCCAAAUUUACUAGGAACAAUGCUUGGCUGCACGAUCUGAUGAAUUCCCAUCUUGUCAAGGAAGAGAAGAAAUUCUCCAAGUUUGUGCAUGGUGUCGCACAACUCUUUGAAGAUUACGUCAACAGCUUCCCGUUCUGGUUGAGUGAUCUUGAGACGGACAUCCGAAGGGAUCCUGUUGUAGCCUAUCAAGAAGAACAAGAACGUGAACAAAAGCGAGCCGAGGACGAAAUGGCUGUGGGAAGCUUUUUGGCCUCUUCCAAGCUCGCCAGCUCUCCUAAAGGGAAGAACGGAUCGCUUGGAAAGUCGCCUGGCAAGCUCCCCGACCGAAGACUGUCGGGUCACCUUUCACAGUCCGUUCAAUCUCAAUCUAGGCUGAGACACUCCGUUGUCCUCGACGCUACAGCUGAGGAUCGGGAUUCUGAUGAAGACGGGGUCCGGGGUGAUAGCAAAGCCGCGUCCAAAGGUGGCUUGCGAUCAUUUCUGCCUGCUUUCUCGAAUUCACGUUACGCUCGCCGUCAUCGCCAACGAAACCCCUGGGAGAAUGCGCCACUGCCACCUGGAGUCAAGGAGCCAGGAUUCUGGAUCAAGGAUCAGGGUGAACUGAAAGUCGAGGCUAAGGUGUGGCUCGCCAAUCAGCGUACAUUCAUCAAAUGGCAGCAUAUUGCGGUCCUCCUGGCCACCUUGUCCAUGGGCUUGUACAAUGCUGCCGGUGUGAAUAACAACAUUGCCCGGGCCCUGUCGCUGGUGUAUACUGGCUUUGCCGUCUUUGCGGCCAUCUGGGGCUGGGGCGUUUACAUGUGGCGAAGCAAGUUGAUCACCGAGAGGAGUGGUAAGGAUUUUGACAAUGCCAUUGGACCAUUUGUGGUGGCCAUUGGUCUGGCUUGUGCGCUGCUUUUGAAUUUUGGCUUCAAGUACCAUGCUGCUAUGGCACACAAGCAGGAGAGUAUGGGUAAUGCUACGAGCAUAUUGUUACCCAUGGGCAAGCAAAUGGCGAUGGAUGAUGUCGUUCAUAAUGGGCUAUAUGUGCAAAAUUCGUGA